CAAGUAUCCUGUGUGCGCAGCGCUAGAAUGUGUCUGGGCAUCUCCGCAUAUAUUUAUAUAGUGUGUGAUGCGAAAAGCAGGACCAGCCGAGGGGAGGAAGAGGGGGUGUGAGGGGAGGGAAGACGAGGGAGAGCAGAGAGCAGAGAGGAGAGAAGAGAGAGGAGAGCUCGAGCGAGAGAGAGAGAGAGAGGAGAGAGAGAGAGAGAUAGGACUUCCUCCCCGAUUCGCAAAGUGAAGUCACUUCCCAAAAUUAGCUGAAAAAAAGUUUCAUCCGGUUAACUGUCUCUUUCGCUCCGCUACAACAACAAACGUGCACCGGGGAGCGAGGGCAGGGCGCUCGCAGGGGGCACGCAGGGAGGGCCCAGGGCGCCAGGGAGGCCGCGCUGGGCUAAUCCGAAGGGGCUGCGAGGUCAGGCUGUAACCGGGUCAAUGUGUGGAAUAUUGGGGGGCUCGGCUGCAGACUUGGCCAAAUGGACGGGACUAUUAAGGAGGCUCUGUCGGUGGUGAGCGACGACCAGUCCCUCUUUGACUCAGCGUACGGCGCGGCGGCCCAUCUCCCCAAGGCCGACAUGACCGCCUCGGGGAGUCCUGACUACGGGCAGCCCCACAAGAUCAACCCCCUCCCACCGCAGCAGGAGUGGAUCAACCAGCCAGUGAGGGUCAACGUCAAGCGGGAGUAUGACCACAUGAAUGGAUCCAGGGAGUCUCCGGUGGAUUGCAGCGUUAGCAAAUGCAGCAAGCUCGUGGGCGGAGGCGAGUCCAACCCCAUGAACUAUAACAGCUAUAUGGAUGAGAAGAAUGGCCCCCCUCCUCCCAACAUGACCACCAACGAGAGGAGAGUCAUCGUCCCUGCAGACCCCACGCUGUGGACACAGGAGCACGUGAGGCAGUGGCUGGAGUGGGCCAUAAAGGAAUACGGCUUGAUGGAGAUUGACACAUCCUUUUUCCAGAACAUGGAUGGCAAGGAACUGUGCAAAAUGAACAAGGAGGACUUCCUCCGCGCUACCACCCUCUACAACACGGAAGUGCUGUUGUCACACCUCAGUUACCUCAGGGAAAGUUCACUGCUGGCCUAUAAUACAACCUCCCACACAGACCAAUCCUCACGACUGAGUGUCAAAGAAGACCCUUCUUAUGACUCAGUCAGAAGAGGAACAUGGGGAAAUAACAUGAAUUCUGGUCUCAACAAAAGUCCUCCCCUUGGAGGGGCACAGACGAUCAGUAAGAACACCGAGCAACGGCCCCAGCCAGAUCCAUAUCAGAUCCUGGGCCCGACUAGCAGUCGCCUAGCCAACCCUGGAAGCGGGCAGAUCCAGCUGUGGCAAUUCCUCCUGGAGCUGCUCUCCGACAGUGCCAAUGCCAGCUGUAUCACCUGGGAGGGGACCAACGGCGAAUUCAAAAUGACGGACCCCGAUGAGGUGGCCAGGCGCUGGGGCGAGCGGAAAAGCAAGCCCAACAUGAAUUACGACAAGCUGAGCCGGGCCCUUCGAUAUUACUAUGAUAAAAACAUUAUGACCAAAGUGCAUGGCAAAAGAUAUGCCUACAAAUUUGACUUCCACGGCAUUGCCCAGGCUCUGCAGCCACAUCCGACUGAGUCGUCCAUGUACAAGUACCCUUCUGACAUCUCCUACAUGCCUUCCUACCAUGCCCACCAGCAGAAGGUGAACUUUGUCCCUCCCCAUCCAUCCUCCAUGCCUGUCACUUCCUCCAGCUUCUUUGGAGCUGCAUCACAAUACUGGACCUCCCCCACAGGGGGAAUCUACCCCAACCCCAAUGUCCCCCGCCAUCCUAACACCCACGUGCCUUCACACUUAGGCAGCUACUACUAGAAGCUUACUCAUUGGCGGCCUCCUAGCUGAAGCCCCAUCCCUCACUCUUCCUGGAUGCUUGGACUCUGCAGGACGGACAUAUGUGGCCUUGAAGAGAAGACAAAACUGGAUAUUCUUUCUUGUUGGAUAGAACCUUUGUAUUUGUUCUUUGAAAACAAGUUUUUUUUUAAUGUUGGUAACUUUUGCUUCCUUUACCUGAACAAAGAGAUGGAUAAUUCCAUGGGCCAGUGUGCCAGUUUGAAUUCUCAGUCUCCUAGCAUCUUGUGAGCUGAAUAUUAAGAUUACUGGAAUGGUUAUGUCAUGGUUCUGGAGAAAGAAGCUGUAUGUUUUCUUUAUGUUUUUAUGACCAAAGCAGUUUCUUAUCAACACACGGGUCUCAUUAUGGGGUUCAGUAUGAUACAGAAUCAUGGACUUAACCAGUCAUGUUCUGGUUUGAGCCUUAGUGGAAAUAGAGGUGGGAAGCUUGUCAUCUAAUUUUAGGAGGACCCAAUUCAGUGGAUGGCAACUGGAACAUUGAUUGUAAGGCCAGUGAAGUUCUCACCCAACUGGAAUUUGAUGGAAAGAAGGUGUGUGUGUUUAAGAAGCCAAGGGCAUUUCAGAAUCCCCCGCAGUGGACAGUAUGCACUCAGCUGACCACUCUCUCUAGAAAUAGUCAGGAUAUCAACUAAGAAAUUUUAAUGCAAAUACAUACAUUCCUGAAAGAUGGGGAAUUAAAUAACUAAUUUUUUUUUAAUGAUGACAGUGGGUCCCAGAACUUGGAAAAGUCGUAGGGAUUUCUAAACUCAAACAGAUUCGCAAGCGCUGUGCGCUUGUCAGACCAUCAGACCAGGGUCAACCAAUCAGAAGGCAACUUACUGUAUAAAUUAUGCAGAGUUAUUUUCCUAUAUCUCACAGUAUUAAAAAUAAAUAAUUAAAAAUUAAGAAGAAUAAAUAAACGAGUUGACCUCGGUCACAAAAGCAGUUUUACUAUCGAAUCAGUCGCUGUUAUUUUUUUUAAUGUAAUUUGUACAUCUUUUGUCAAUCUGUACAUUUGGGCUGUGUUUGUACGUUUUUAUAGCUGGUUUUUAAAAAACAUAAUAUGACUAUUGCUGAAAAGGAAACAGGGCUGUUUAAGUCACUGACUUACAAGAAAGAAAAGCACUGGUGCAGUUAUUUAACAGACAUACACAAGGAAAGAUAAUCCAUUUAGAUCUUUAAUGCUUUGGAAAUGUGUGUAACAGCACUGCAAUAAUCACAGCUCUGGGAAAAACAACAAAACUAUCCCUUGUGGAGAUGAGGGAUUUUCCUGCUCUAUAUAUGCAACAUAUUUUUAGACAUUAAAAUAUAUAUAAUUUUGCAGGUAAUUGUUGACUUUUUUAACUAUAUUAAGUGUUUGCUGACAGCUGUCAAUGAAGUCCCUGUUGUAAAAUAAUUUGACUAAAUAAAUGGUUCCCUCUUCUCUCA